AUGAUCAGCACCACUGAUCAAGCCACGCUCAGUCUCAGACUGAAGUCAAACAGAGUCACAGCUGAUACAGGACUAAUAUCAGUACUUAUAAUGGAGCUGGGUCAACUUCUGAGGGAGCAAACAGAGGUACAAGAUGGACCGUCACCAGCACCCUCAAGCAUACCUGCUCUACAGAAAGCACAAGCCACUGCUGGACUGAUGGGACUGACUGGAGCGAGUACUGGAAUGACUGGACCGACUACAGUGCCGGCUGCUGGAUCGGUCACUGCUUUGUCCCCAGCACCAAAAGUUGCGUCUCCAACUGCAAAGGAAGGAAACCAAGGGAUCGAUAAAACAAAUGCAAUCUGCAAGCAUUGCCAGGCUUCUAUACGCUACACCGGUAAUACAACUAACCUGCGCGCCCACCUGCAAAGACACCAUGCAGACAAGCUAGCUUCGCCGCAGCCCAAAAAAACACGGGACCCCACGCAAACUACUUUGGACAACACAACAUCCAAGCUUCCAUCUAACUCAGUCCGUGCACAGAAGAUUACGGAGUCUGUGGUGCAUUAUAUUUGCAAAGGUUUGUGUCCCUACAGUGUUGUCGAGAACACAGGCUUUCACCUUAUGAUCAACACGUUAGAUCCCCGUUAUGUGAUCCCUACCCGCAGCUACAUGACCGACAAAGCAGUACCGAGGAUGUAUGACAAAGUUAAAGACAGUGUUAAGUCAGCCCUGAGUUCUGUCCCACGAGUGGCACUGACUUUUGAUGGGUGGACAUCGCGAGCCACGGAAGCUUUUGUUACAAUCACUUGCCAUUACGUUAACGAGGAGUGGGAACUGAUGUCGUACGUUUUACAAACGCGAGCCAUGCACGAGAGCCAUACGGGGUCAAACAUUGCAGAGUUACUGAAAGCGGCGCUGGAGGAGUGGGACCUCGUAUCCAAAGACCCAGCUAUUGUGACUGACAACGCCGCAAAUAUGAGCGUCGCAGCGGAGCUUGCCGGUAUGUUGCAUUUCAGGUGCUUCGCUCACACUUUAAACCUUGCCUCGCAGCGUGUACUGAAGCUUCCUGCUGUCGCUCAUUUAUUGGGAUGUGUUAGACGGAUAUCCACCUUUUUUAAGCGCAGUACCACAGCCAGCCACGUACUUCGACAGAAGCAGAAGUUGCUCGAGUUGCCUGAACAUAAACUGAUCACUGAUGUUGUGACGCGCUGGAAUAGCGCGCAUGAUAUGCUCGAGCGCUUUCUUGAGCAGCAACCCGCUGUCUCCGCUGCUCUUCUGUCCAACGAGCUUAGGAAAACUGAGAAAGAAGUUUGCACCCUAUGUGAGUCGGACAUUACAUCUGCGGAGGAGAUAGUGGAUGCAAUGAAGCCCAUGAAGAUUGCUACUCUUGUAAUGUCAAAAGAAAGCUCUCCAACACUGUCAGUUGUGGCCCCUCUUCAUGCUCAGCUCAUCCAGGAUUUCCAAGAGAGCAGAGCAGAUACCCUAGCUUUGCCCUUCCUUCCUGAUGAUGAACGAGAGGAAAUAUACUUGAGAAUCACUGCAGAAGCUCGAAGAAUUCAAGAACUAUUUCAGGAAGAGGCUGAAGUGAUACCAGGAGAGGAGGACAAUCAUGUGGAAGACAAGGAUGACAUUCCUGCCAGCCCACCACCCAAGAAGAAAAAGGACUUGUGCUGUUUGGCUGAUCUGCUUGGUUCAACUUACAGUGCAGGUCCUACGGUGAGACACAGAACCACACAGGCCCAGGCAGAAGAGGAGAUGUCAAGGUACAAGGAGGCACCACCCCUGUCUCUUGCUGAGGGAAGUCCACUCAGUUGGUGGAAAGAGCACCAGAAUGAAUAUCCACUAAUGUCACGCCUUGCCAAAGUGUACCUGUGCAUUCCAGGGACUAGUGUCUCCUCGGAGCGCGUUUUCUCUACGGCAGGCGAUAUUGUAACCGCACAGAGAAGUGUACUAAGCUCAAAGCAUGUUGACCAACUUCUGUUUUUGAACAAAAAUCUUAAGUCAUAGGAUAAAGCUAGCAUUACCAAGAGUAUCCUCAGGUUAUUGUUUUGUUGCUGCAGUAAUUUUUGUUCAACCUGCCUUUUUGAGGACAAACCUGGUUUAGCCUUAAGAUUUUAAAAAUCCAUCCUGUUAUGAGGUAGAUUAGAUUUGUUGUUGUGCCAAAUGUUAAAGCAAGAUGUAGCAUUUAAGUGAUUUCAUAGUGAAAUGUUAUGGCAGUACAUGGUGUCACAAAAAAGAAUUAUAAGAAGAUUUAAUAAGAAGAAUAAUAAUAAGAUUUUGUGCUUGUGUGAGCUCAGACUGUACCCUUGGAAAGUUAAAUGUUGACUUGUGGUAAUUUCCAGAUUAAUACAAUUUGUGUACAAUUAAU